CCACCCUCCCGUCUCUGGAACCUCCUCUUCCAGCCCUAGCUCCCCUUUCUCCCCGCCGCCACCUCGCGCUCGCCUUCGCCCUCGCUCCCUCCCUUCGGUCGCAAGAGCUCUCAAGGCGUCGACCGCAUCUCCAAGAUGGUCCUCCAGAAUGACAUCGACCUGCUCAACCCGCCGGCGGAGCUCGAGAAGCUCAAGCACAAGAAGAAGCGCCUCGUCCAGUCCCCCAACUCCUUCUUCAUGGAUGUCAAGUGCCAGGGCUGUUUCAGCAUAACCACUGUGUUCAGCCACUCCCAGACCGUGGUGGUGUGUCCUGGCUGCCAGACGGUGCUCUGCCAACCUACCGGUGGAAAGGCCAGGCUCACCGAGGGCUGCUCCUUCCGCCGCAAGGGCGACUAGUCUGCUGGUGUUGGCAACAGGGAGGAAAACGAACGAUGUCCUGCUGAGCAACUCCUGUUUACCUUUCCCAGGAUAUGUAAUUGUGGAGGAUUUUGUUAAUUAUGCCUGUUUAGCGCCUGUGAUGUAAACCUGCACUUUGUUUGAGUGAAAGCUGCUAAGUGUUGUGGUUAGCGCUGUGAUGCCUCGGUCAAA